AUUACGGAUGCAGCUGGUCAAGUUAAGUUACGCACAACACCGAAGUGCAGGUUCUUGGUUUUAACUGCGUUCAAGAACGAGGUUUUCAGUACGAUUGUGUAUGUAAUUCUGCGUUUCAAUUUACUUUACCCGAGUCUGAACCCAAAUCAAAGAAAGAAAAAUUCACGUAUUCAAUAAGAAAUCCAAACAUUCAGCUGAACCACACUUUUGGCGGUGCAUUAUCCUCAGAACAAAGUUGGAUGGUCUCCUAUCUGGAAUAAGCAGUGUGGACCAGGGUGUGGAAACAAAACCUCCAUCUAACAUUGAUCUGAAGGAAGAGAUGGCCAAGAGAGAAGACAGUGAAAAGAUAGUCAUCAACGUUGGUGGCAUACGGAAUGAAACCUAUAAGAGCACCCUUAAGAGCUUGCCCGGCACCCGGUUGGCCCUCUUAGUGGAAUCUGUCUCAGAUGAUGAUAAUGCAGAGCCAGGUUCAGUCAGCGAGUUUUUCUUUGAUCGAGACCCAGGUAUGUUUACCUACAUAUUAAACUACUACAGGACUGGAAACCUCAAUUUCCCACCCAAGGCUUGUGGAUGCCUGUUUGAGAAGGAGCUGGCCUUCUGGGGGAUCAAGGAGACAGACAUGGAGCCCUGCUGCUGGGUGUCUUACAGUACUCACAGGGACAGAAUUGAAGCCCUCCGCAAACUGGGACCAUCUGAUCCAGAGCAACAGGACAGUCGGAACCUCCUUCUGCUCAGCCCUGAGCGCAGUCAGGCUACAUGCAUGUCAAAGACAUGGGCCCUUUUUGAUGAUCCACACUCAUCCAUGGCUGCAGAGAUCAUCUCUGUCAUAUCCCUCAUCUUCCUCCUGGUCGCCAUCAUCAACACCUGUGCUGAUACACAUCCGUUUUUUGAAGAAUACGAGAUCCAUGUGGAUCCGACCACUGCCUACAUCCUCGAGAACGACAUAGUGGGAUCCAGUCCAAAACAUCCUUUAUUCAUGGUGGAGGCCGUUUGCACAGGAUGGUUCACCGUUGAGUUCCUGGUUCGUGUCAUCUGCUGCCCAGACAAGCUGCUCUUCAUCAAGAAUCCGCUUAACACCGUGGACUUUGUGGCCAUCCUUCCUUUCUACAUUGAAGUGAGGCCUGAAGUCCUCUCCUACACCACCAGGAACGCACUGGGAGUGGUGCGAGUUGUGCGGUUUCUGCGUCUCCUGCGGGUUUUCAAGCUGAUGCCGGAUGUUGUGUGUGUACAGGUUCUGGGACACACUCUGCGGGCUAGCCUGGGCUGCUACGUCAUCCUCUCUGCUUCCCUGGCAGUGACCUCAUUCAUGUUUGGCUCCUUAUUCUACUAUGCUGAGCGCCUUUCCAAUGAUCACAAUGUCCGGCAUAUUUCUAUUGGUGCCUGGUGGGCAGUGGUAACCUUGACAACCCUUGGCUAUGGUGACAUUUAUCCAGUAGGCUGGCCUGGCAUGAUAGUUGGAGGCCUCUGUGCGGUGACAGGUGUACUGUUCCUUGCCCUACCUGUUCCUGUCUUGGUGAACAACUUCAGAAUAUACCACAAGUUGGUUACAGCUAAACGUAAACUGUCACUGAAGAAGAGGUACCCUGACCUGAGUGUUCCAGAGACCACAACCUCCAGGAAUUUGGAUCAUGAAUGCCCACUGGUGACUGAAUCAAUCCACUAAGGCGGGACCAAAAUCUUUUCCUGAAACGCAAGUCAUGUUACGAUUUUAAACAGUUCAAAAUAUUAUAAAAUAUAUUCACAAAUUAUUUUGUAUGUUAAAUACUUUAUGAUGUUUAUCCCUUCACAUUGUGGAUCUAUUCUCAUUACACAAACUGGCCUUACUAUCAGCCUGGGCUUUUUAAAGUGAGUAAGUUGUAGGGCAAAAAGGCACAGAACCCUGCUAAUGAUCUCUCUGAUCAAUUGAAGAUCAUGAAAACAUGAAUCAUGAACAAUAUCUUCUGCCAUUUAGUGACUUAAAUCAAGGAUUUCGAACUGAAACACACUCAAAGCUAGAAGGCACUGUGUUACUUUUUCUAAUCGGUUCUCUCUCCCUCUCUGCUAAAAGAUGGCAGAUGUGCCAUACUCAUCAGCACAGUGAUAAGAAUGAUGAUUCCUCCUGGCAGGUGGCUCUAGGUGUGAAGGUAAAAGCAUCUGCACUGUAUAACCCUGGGUGACGCUGCCAAUCAACUGUAGUGCCUUGACUACUACCAUGACUGCACCACUAGAUCACAGAAACUGAUAAAGAUGAAAGUGAUUUGUAACCUCAUGCAGGCAGAAAGUGACAUAACUCAAUGUAAAAUGUGAAAAAUGAUUCAUACUAAUUAUUUCAACCUCAUUAAAAAUAAUUCAGUGAUGGCGUGGACUUCUACUAAUAUAAGGAGCUAUAAUGCUCUUACAUUUAAUUUGUUUAUAUACUGUUUGACAAUUGCUAACCAAAACGAAGUGCUUUUUAUUGCCAGUCAACUCAAUUACAACCUAGCUUAACACUUAACGGCAUUAGAA